GGGAAGAGGUCGGGCUACCGUGUGGACUCCAUUUCCCGAAGACCCAGCGUGCACGGCGCAUGCACAGUGCACAGCAGCGCACGGAAGAUGGCGGCGGCGUUCGCGCAGAGGCACUGCUGAGGGGGCGCGAGGGGGACGGAGGCCGGCGCCGCGGGAGAACUGGCCAGCAGGCAUGGCAGGCAGCGGUGGGGACAGCGUCACUCGCCGGAGCGUGGCGUCCCAGUUUUUCACACAGGAGGAGGGGCUCGGCAUCGAUGGCAUGACCACCUCAGAGCGAGUGGUGGAUCUCCUGAAUCAGGCAGCACUGAUCACCAACGACUCAAAGAUCACAGUGCUCAAACAGGUCCAGGAACUGAUCAUCAACAAAGAUCCCACACUCCUGGACAACUUCCUGGAUGAGAUCAUCGCUUUCCAAGCAGACAAGUCCAUUGAAGUGCGCAAAUUUGUCAUCGGCUUCAUCGAGGAGGCAUGCAAGCGAGACAUUGAGUUACUGCUGAAACUGAUCGCCAACCUCAACAUGCUCUUGAGGGAUGAGAAUGUGAAUGUGGUGAAGAAGGCCAUCCUCACCAUGACUCAGCUCUACAAGGUGGCACUGCAGUGGAUGGUGAAGUCACGGGUCAUCAGCGAGCUCCAGGAGGCCUGCUGGGACAUGGUGUCUGCCAUGGCUGGGGACAUCAUCCUGCUGUUGGACUCUGACAACGACGGCAUCCGCAUCCAUGCCAUCAAGUUUGUGGAGGGCCUCAUCAUCACCCUGUCGCCCCGUAUGGCUGACUCGGAGGUGCCCCGACGCCAGGAGCAUGACAUCAGCCUGGACCGUAUCCCUCGUGACCACCCCUACAUCCAGUACAAUGUGCUAUGGGAAGAGGGCAAGGCAGCUUUGGAGCAGCUGCUCAAGUUCAUGGUGCACCCCGCCAUCUCCUCCAUCAACCUGACCACUGCGCUGGGCUCCCUUGCCAAUAUCGCUCGCCAGAGGCCCAUGUUCAUGUCUGAGGUGAUCCAGGCCUAUGAAACCCUGCAUGCCAACCUGCCCCCAACCCUGGCCAAGUCUCAGGUGAGCAGCGUUCGCAAGAACCUCAAGUUGCACCUGUUGAAUGUGCUGAAGCACCCAGCCUCCUUGGAGUUCCAGGCCCAGAUCACCACCCUGCUGGUGGACCUGGGCACACCCCAGGCGGAGAUCGCCCGCAAUAUGCCCAGCAGCAAGGACGCCCGCAAGCGGCCCCGGGACGACUCGGACCCCACACUCAAGAAGAUGAAGCUCGAGCCCAACCUGGGGGAAGAUGACGAAGACAAGGACUUGGAGCCAGGCCCGUCAGGGACCUCGAAGGCCUCAGCUCAGAUCUCAGGCCAGUCAGACACAGACAUCACAGCCGAGUUCCUGCAGCCUCUCCUAACGCCCGACAAUGUGGCCAAUCUGGUCCUCAUCAGCAUGGUGUACCUUCCCGAGGCCAUGCCUGCCUCCUUCCAAGCCAUCUAUACCCCAGUGGAGUCAGCAGGCACUGAAGCCCAGAUCAAACACCUGGCUCGGCUCAUGGCCACACAGAUGACGGCUGCAGGACUGGGGCCAGGUGUGGAACAGACCAAACUGUGCAAGGAGGAGCCUAAGGAGGAGAAGGUGGUAAAGCCGGAGAGCGUCCUGAUCAAGCGACGCCUGUCAGCCCAGGGCCAGGCCAUCUCUGUGGUGGGCUCCCUGAGCUCCAUGUGCACACUAGAGGAGGAGGCACCCCAGGCCAAGAGGAGGCCAGAGCCCAUCAUCCCUGUCACGCAGACCCGGCUGGCAGGAGCUGGCGGGCGCAAGAAAAUCUUCCGACUGAGUGAUGUGCUGAAGCCCCUGACCGAUGCCCAGGUUGAGGCCAUGAAGCUGGGCGCUGUGAAGCGGAUCCUGCGAGCUGAGAAGGCCGUGGCCUGCAGCGGGGCAGCCCAGGUGCGCAUCAAGAUCCUGGCCAGCCUGGUGACACAGUUCGACUCGGGCCUGAAGGCCGAGGUCCUGUCCUUCAUCCUGGAGGACGUGCGGGGCCGCCUGGACCUGGCAUUCGCCUGGCUCUACCAGGAGUACAGUGCCUACCUGGCAGCUGGUGUCUCAGGCGCCCUGGACAAGUAUGAGGACUGCCUCAUCCGCCUGCUCUCCGGCCUGCAGGAGAAGCCGGACCAGAAGGAUGGGAUCUUCACCAAGGUUGUGCUGGAGGCGCCGCUGAUCACCGAGAGCGCCCUAGAGGUGAUUCGCAAGUACUGCGAGGACGAGAGUCGCACCUACCUGGGCAUGGCCACCCUCCGAGACCUGAUUUUCAAGCGCCCGUCCCGCCAGUUCCAGUAUCUGCAUGUCUUGUUAGACCUCAGCUCCCAUGAGAAAGACAAGGUGCGCUCCCAGGCCCUGCUGUUCAUCAAGCGCAUGUAUGAGAAGGAGCAGCUGCGAGAGUAUGUGGAGAAAUUUGCCCUCAACUACUUGCAGCUCUUGGUCCACCCCAACCCCCCAUCUGUGCUGUUUGGAGCCGACAAGGACACAGAGGUGGCAGCGCCCUGGACCGAGGAGACGGUCAAGCAGUGUCUAUACCUCUACCUGGCCCUCCUGCCUCAGAACCACAAGCUGAUCCAUGAGCUGGCCGCUGUGUACACUGAGGCCAUCGCUGACAUCAAGCGGACAGUACUGAGGGUCAUCGAACAGCCGAUCCGAGGAAUGGGCAUGAACUCACCAGAGCUGCUCCUGUUGGUGGAAAACUGUCCCAAGGGGGCAGAGACGCUGGUCACUCGAUGUCUGCACAGCCUCACCGACAAAGUACCACCCUCCCCAGAGCUGGUGAAGCGGGUCCGGGAUCUCUACCACAAGCGCCUGCCAGACGUCCGCUUCCUCAUCCCUGUGCUCAAUGGGCUGGAGAAGAAAGAAGUGAUCCAGGCCCUGCCAAAGCUCAUCAAACUCAACCCCAUCGUGGUGAAAGAGGUCUUCAACCGCCUGCUGGGCACCCAGCAUGGAGAAGGGAACUCAGCCUUGUCCCCGCUGAACCCCGGAGAGCUGCUGAUUGCGCUGCACAACAUCGACUCGGUGAAGUGUGACAUGAAGUCCAUCAUCAAAGCCACCAACCUGUGCUUUGCGGAGCGGAACGUGUACACAUCCGAGGUGCUGGCCGUGGUGAUGCAGCAGCUGAUGGAGCAGAGCCCCCUGCCCAUGCUGCUCAUGAGGACCGUCAUCCAGUCCCUGACCAUGUACCCCCGCCUGGGGGGCUUCGUCAUGAACAUCCUGUCCCGCCUCAUCAUGAAGCAGGUGUGGAAGUAUCCCAAGGUGUGGGAGGGCUUCAUCAAGUGCUGUCAGCGCACCAAGCCCCAGAGCUUCCAAGUCGUCCUGCAGCUGCCACCCCAGCAGCUGGGUGCCGUCUUUGACAAGUGCCCAGAGCUCCGGGAGCCCCUGCUGGCCCAUGUCCGCUCCUUCACCCCCCACCAGCAAGCCCACAUUCCCAACUCCAUCAUGACCAUCCUGGAGGCCACCGGCAAGCAGGAGGCGGAGGCCAAGGAAGUAGCUGCAGGGCCCCUGGAAGAGGACGACCUGGAGCCCCUGGCCCUGGCCCCAGCCCCGGCCCCCCGGCCCCCUCAGGACCUCAUCGGCCUCCGGCUGGCCCAGGAGAAGGCCUUAAAGCGGCAGCUGGAGGAGGAACAGAAGCUGAAGCCUGGGGGAGUGGGGGCCCCCUCCUCCUCCUCCUCCUCCUCCUCCUCCUCCUCCUCCUCCUCCUCCUCCUCUUCCUCCUCCUCUUCCCUGGCCCGGCCAGGCCCUCCCCAGCCGGAGGAAGCCAUAGAUUUCCGAGAGGAGGGGCCCGAGUGUGAGACCCCAGCCAUCUUCAUCAGCAUGGAUGACGACUCGGGGCUGACCGAGGCUGCACUGCUGGACUCUAGUCUUGAGGGGCCCCUACCUAAGGAGGCAGCAGUGGGCGGGCUGGCCUCAAAGGAGGAGCGGAGCCCCCAGCCCUUCACCCCUGCAGAAGACACCGUGAAGAUCCCCAGCCCCGCCACAGAGGAAGCCGGGGAACCCGAGACCAAGGGGAACACCUGACGGGGCUUGAUGGGGGGGGGGGGGAUGGGGA